AAAUAAAAAAGAAGGAAAGAAAGAAGCCAAAAAUCCUUCUUUUUUCUGUCUUCCACUCCAUUCCAUUGCCCCAUUCUUCCUUCCGUCCCUCGCUUGCACGCUCGCCAUUGCCGUCUCAUCUUCUUCACCCUUCUCCCUCUCUAUCUCUCUCUGGGUCUUUUCGUUUGUGCUCGUUCGGUUCGAUAAUGGCGACCCUGCAGGACAUAGGGGUGUCGGCGUUCAUAAACAUACUGAGCGCCUUCGCCUUCCUGCUGGCCUUCGCCCUGCUCAGGAUUCAGCCCGUCAACGACAGGGUCUACUUCCCCAAAUGGUACUUCGCCCGGGCGAGGAAGAGCCCCCGCCGGGCCGGCAACUUCGUCGGGAAGUUCGUCAACCUCAACUUCACCACUUACCUCACCUUCCUCAACUGGAUGCCCCAGGCCAUGAAGAUGACCGAGGCCGAGAUCAUCGACCACGCCGGCCUCGACUCUGCCGUCUUCCUCAGAAUCUACACCCUCGGCUUAAAAAUUUUCAUGCCCGUCACAGUUGUGGCUCUCUUAAUCCUUAUUCCAGUCAAUGUAUCAGAUGGGACAAUAUCUUUUCUGAAGAAAGAUUUGGUUACGAGUGAUAUUGAUAAACUAUCCAUCUCCAAUGUACGCCCUCAAUCGUCAAGGUUUUUCAUUCACAUAGGAUUGGAGUACUUGUUCACAAUAUGGACCUGCUUCAUGCUCUAUAAGGAAUAUGAUAAUAUCGCCUCGAUGAGGCUACGAUACUUGGCUUCUCAACAUCGACGAGUUGACCAAUUCACAGUCGUGGUCAGAAACGUGCCUCAUGCUUCUGGCAAGUCUGUGUCUGACAGCGUGGAUCGUUUCUUCCAAACUAACCACCCGGAACACUAUCUCUGUCACCAGGCUGUCUAUGAUGCAAAAAAAUUCGCUAAACUUGUGAGGCAAAGAGAGAGGCUGCAGAACUGGCUCGACUAUUAUCAACUUAAGUUUGAAAGACACCCCGAGAAGCGACCAACUAGCAAGAGAGGCUUCUUGGGGCUGUGGGGUGUGCGAGUCGAUUCCAUCGAUUACUACAAACAACAAAUAAAAAAUCUUGAUAGAAGGAUGGCUUUGGAGCGGGAAAAAGUUAUAAAAGAUCCUGAGUCUAUUUUGCCUGUUGCUUUCGUUUCCUUCAACUCCCGGUGGGGAGCUGCUGUUUGUGCUCAGACUCAGCAGAGCAAGAACCCCACCCUGUGGUUAACAAACUGGGCCCCCGAGCCCAGAGAUGUGUAUUGGAACAACUUAGCCAUACCAUUUGUUUCAUUGACCGUCCGAAAGCUCGUGAUAUCAUUAUCGGUGUUUGCUCUGGUGUUCUUCUACAUGAUUCCUAUUGCCUUUGUGCAAUCUCUUGCAAAUCUCGAGGGUCUUGAAAGAGUUGCCCCUUUCCUGAGACCAGUGAUUGAGCUGAAUUUCAUCAAGUCAUUCCUACAGGGUUUCCUUCCCGGUCUAGCCCUCAAAAUAUUCUUAUACAUUCUUCCUACAGUUCUGGUGAUCAUGUCAAAGAUCGAGGGCCAUAUAGCAAUGUCAAUGUUGGAAAGAAAGGCAGCUGCCAAAUACUAUUACUUCAUGUUGGUCAACGUCUUCUUGGGAAGUAUAAUUACUGGAACAGCAUUCGAGCAGUUACACUCUUUCUUGCACCAAUCGGCCACCGAGAUCCCAAGAACCAUCGGGGUUUCAAUUCCAAUGAAAGCCACUUUUUUCAUCACGUACAUAAUGGUUGAUGGGUGGGCCGGAAUUGCCGCUGAGAUUCUCCGCCUGAAGUCAUUGGUCAUAUAUCACCUCAAGAACAUGUUCUUGGUGAAAACAGAGAGAGACAGAGAGAGGGCAAUGGACCCAGGAAGUGUAGAUUAUCCUGAGACUCUCCCGACCCUCCAACUAUACUUUCUACUCGGGAUUGUUUAUGCUGUUGUUACUCCCAUUCUUCUCCCCUUCAUUCUGGUGUUCUUCGCCUUAGCAUACCUUGUUUACCGUCAUCAGAUAAUUAACGUAUACAAUCAACAAUACGAAAGUGUUGCUGCCUUCUGGCCACAUGUCCACAGCCGCAUUAUUGCAAGUUUAUUGAUUUCACAACUUCUUCUGAUGGGUCUGCUCAGUACAAAAGAAGCUGCUAACUCGACUCCUCUGCUUGUUAUUUUGCCUAUAUUGACCUUGGCCUUCCACAAGUACUGCAAGAGUCGGUUCGAACCUGCAUUUAGAAAAUAUCCACUGGAGGAAGCUAUGGCCAAAGACAUUGCAGAGCGAGCAGCAGAGCCCAACCUCAACUUGAAGGCAUACUUAGCUGAUGCCUACUUGCACCCGAUUUUCCAGUCCUUCGUGGUAGAGGAAGAGCAGGUGAUUCAGGUACGGGUUGAUAAGCACCAAUCUCAUCAUGUCAGCCCUUCGGGUUCGGGAAGUGAACUCAGCUCCCCUUCUCCUCCCCACCAUGUCUCCAUCUCUCAACAUCAAGUCGAGCACAAUUAUGAGCAGAAUUACGAGCAUAGCUAUGAGCACAACUACGAGCACAAUUACGACUACCAAUACGAAGCCGAGCACAGAAACUACUAUUCAUACCACUAUGAGGGUCAACCCUGAAAAUAACAAGUUUCAAGUUGCCUAAAAGAAAAUGCCUAACCUAUUCUUCUCCAGUUAUAGAUAGGUUUGAUUCCUGAUCUUUCGGUCCAUCAGUUCGGUUUUUCUCUGCAAAAUGUAUAUUCAAGUAGUUGCGAGAUUUUCAGUGGGAAGGGUGGUCUAUAGCUUCUUUCGUAUUUCGGGCAGUUGUUUCUGGUGUCGUCAGCUAAUAAUCUCUCAGCUUGUACUUCUUUUCCCGUGCUUGGUUUUCGUACGACUUCUUACUCUGCUCCUCGCUUACUUCUUGUGAGCAUCGGUAGCUGCAAUGGAUUCUCUCUGUAGAUGUGAUCGUCUUCAUGACUUGUAAAAUAACAAUUCUGAGUAUCAUAUCCUUCUCGUUUGCUUGUUUUGACUAAA